AUGUUCGACGAUCCAAAGAUUGCAAAGGACAUCAAACACUGGCCAUUCAAGGUGGUGAGCGACGGCGGCAAGCCCAAGAUUGGGGUCGAGUUCAAGGGGGAACAGAAGAAGUUUGCGCCAGAAGAGAUCAACUCGAUGGUGCUCACCAAGAUGAAGGAGACAGCCGAGGCGUAUCCGUGACCAUUACAACCAGAAUGUAUCAGGGAAGCGCUCCAGGUGCUGGCUACUGCGGAUAACAGUCGGGGGGAUUCGGUAGCUACAAGGGGCCCACUGUCGGGGAGGUUGACUAAUUUAGGCAGCCCAAUUCUUGGGUGGGGAUGAGGUUUAUAAGUAUAACUAUUUAUAUCUGAAGCAUUGUUAACUAUAUGCGUAUUUAAUUUA